AUGACCGGCGAUGGAGGGGAGUGCAAUUUUUACUGUAUGAAUAGUGUGGACAGGUGUGGAGUCCAAGGAUGUCGAAAAAGGGAAAUUCAAGAUGACGAGCGGACAAUUGGCUGUUGGUCGGAGAAGGAAGCCCAGAGACCCACAAAAGGUGUAAUUGCUCUGGAAAUGACAUGCGUGUCGCAAGAUUUACCAUAG